AUGGCGUCCAACCUGCUGCGCCCGCUCGCCUCCGAGCUGUGCUUCUCCUCGUCCGUCUCGCCUGGUCGCAUUGCGCGCCGCGGUGGUGUUUUGCAAGACCUCAAGCCGCUUGCUAGCCGCCGUCAAUGGCACAACACUCUUGGCGCGAGCCGCCGCGCCCUCGUGCCCGCAGCGGCCAGGACCCUUGCGCUCGUGCGUCAUGCGUCCGUGCUGACGACGCCCCCGCCCCCGGCCCCGAAGCUGUACUCGACGGCCGUCGUGCCCCCGACGACGCCCUACGGUCAGCUCACCGUCGGUGUCCCCAAGGAAGUCUUUCCCGGGGAGCGCCGAGUCGCCCUCACGCCCGCCAAUGUCGCGCUGCUCCUCAAGAAGGGCUUUGGCAAGGUCCUCGUGCAGCGCGGGGCUGGCACUGCUGCCGAGUUCCACGAUGAGGCGUACGAAAAGGCCGGCGCAACGCUCGUCGAUGGCGCUGCCGGCGUCUGGUCGGGCGCCAACGUCGUUCUCAAGGUCCGCGGCCCUAGCUUGGACGAGGUCGACUCCAUCAAGGCUAAGCAGACCGUCAUAUCGCUUCUCCAACCCGCUCAGAACAAGGACUUGGUCCAAAAGAUUGCCGACAGGGGUGCCACUUGCUUCGCCAUGGACAUGAUCCCCCGCAUCUCUCGUGCCCAGGUCUUUGACGCCCUCAGCAGCAUGGCCAACAUUGCCGGAUACAAGGCCGUGCUCGAGGCCUCCAAUGUCUUUGGCAGGUUUCUGACCGGCCAGGUUACUGCCGCCGGAAAGAUCCCGCCCUGCAAGGUUCUCAUCAUCGGCGCUGGCGUCGCCGGUCUGAGUGCCAUUGCCACCGCCCGGCGCAUGGGUGCCAUUGUCCGCGGCUUCGACACGCGACCCGCCGCGCGCGAGCAGGUGCAGUCUCUCGGCGCCGAGUUCAUCGAGGUCGAGAUCCAGGAAGAUGGCUCCGGUGCUGGAGGCUACGCCAAGGAAAUGAGCAAGGAAUUCAUCGAGGCCGAGAUGAAACUGUUCAAGGAGCAGGCCAGAGAGGUGGACAUCAUCAUCACCACGGCCCUCAUUCCCGGAAAGCCCGCGCCCAAGCUCAUCAAGAUGGACAUGCUCGACGUCAUGAAGCCCGGCAGCGUCAUUGUUGAUCUGGCUGCCGAGGCUGGCGGUAACUGCGAGGCGACGAAGAAGGGGGAGCUUGCCGUGUACAACGAUGUCAAGAUUAUUGGCUAUACCGACCUGCCGUCCCGUCUGCCCACGCAGUCCUCCACGCUGUAUUCGAACAACAUCACCAAGUUCCUGCUCUCCAUGACUCCCAAAGAAAAGGAAUUCGGCAUCGAUCUGACUGACGAGGUCGUCCGCGGCUCCAUCGUGACGCAGAAUGGCGACAUCCUCCCGCCCGCCCCUCGACCGGCGCCACCGCCUGCCCCCGCCAAGCCAGCAGCUGCCGAAGCUGUCGUCGAGACGGUGGCCCUGACGCCGUGGCAGAAGAAGACGCGCGAGGUUACUGCGAUUUCGGCCGGCAUGGGUGGCGUUCUGGCCCUCGGCAAGUUUACCGGGCCGCUCUUCAUGUCGAAUGCCUUCACCUUUGCGCUGGCCAGCUUGAUCGGAUACCGCGUCGUCUGGGGUGUCGUGCCUGCGCUGCACUCGCCCCUGAUGAGCGUGACAAACGCUAUUUCUGGCAUGGUCGGCGUCGGUGGACUGUUCAUCCUCGGCGGUGGUUUCUUGCCCGAGACGGUGCCGCAGCUGUUUGGAGCGUUGAGCGUGUUGCUGGCGUUUGUCAACGUCGGAGGUGGCUUUGUCAUUACGAAGCGCAUGCUGGACAUGUUUAAGCGACCAACCGACCCUCCCGAGUACCCGUGGCUUUACGGCAUCCCUGCCGUGUUAUUUGGCGGUGGCUUCAUCGCUGCGGCUUCCACUGGCGCCGCCGGCCUGGUGCAGGCGGGAUACCUGGCCAGCUCCGUCCUCUGCAUUGGCUCCAUCUCGGGCCUCGCCUCGCAGGCGACGGCGCGCAUGGGCAACAUGCUGGGCAUCCUCGGCGUCGGAUCCGGCGUCUUGGCGAGCUUGCUUGCCGCUGGCUUCUCGCCCGAGGUCCUGGCCCAGUUCGGCGGCCUGGCGACCAUUGGCGCUCUUGCAGGCUUCCUGAUCGGAAAGCGCAUCACCCCCACGGAUCUACCGCAGACUGUCGCUGCGCUGCACUCGGUCGUCGGUCUCGCCGCCGUGCUGACCAGCAUUGGCAGCGUCAUGGCAGACGUAUCGAACUUGUCUACUUUACACAUGGUGACUGGCUAUCUCGGUGUCCUCAUUGGUGGCAUCACUUUCACGGGCUCCAUUGUCGCGUUCCUCAAGCUGGCCGGUCGCAUGUCGUCUCGGCCCACCAUCCUCCCGGGCCGCCACCUCAUCAACUCGGGCCUCGUCGCCACCAACGUCGCGACCAUGGGCGCGUUCCUGACCAUGGCGCCCGGCAGCCCGAUGAUUGCCGCGGGGGCGCUGGCCGCCAACACGGUUCUCAGCUUCGUCAAGGGCUACACCACCACUGCAGCCAUUGGCGGCGCAGACAUGCCCGUGGUCAUCACCGUCCUCAACGCGUACAGCGGCUUCGCCCUGGUCGCCGAGGGCUUCAUGCUCGACAACCCGCUCCUCACGUCCGUCGGGGCCCUCAUCGGCGUGUCGGGCUCCAUCCUCUCGUACAUCAUGUGCGUGGCCAUGAACCGGUCCCUCACCAACGUGCUGUUCGGCGGGCUCUCGACGCCCAAGCAGAUGGAGGAGUACAAGCCGCAGGGCCAGGUGACGCAGACGUCGGUCGACGACCUCGCCGACGCGCUGCUGCAGGCCGAGUCGGUGAUCCUCGUGGUCGGGUACGGCAUGGCCGUCGCCAAGGCGCAGUACGCCAUCUCCAGCAUCGUGCAGCUGCUGCGCGCGCGCGGCAUCACGGUGCGCUUCGCCAUCCACCCCGUCGCGGGGCGCAUGCCCGGCCAGUGCAACGUGCUGCUCGCCGAGGCGAGCGUCCCGUACGACAUUGUCCUCGAGAUGGACGAGAUCAACGACGACUUUCCCGACACGGACCUGACGGUCGUGAUUGGCGCGAAUGACACGGUCAAUCCCAUUGCCAUGGAGAAGGGCAGCGCCAUCGAGGGCAUGCCCGUGCUGCACGCGUGGAAGAGCAAGCAGGUGGUCAUUAUGAAGCGCGGCAUGUCGAGCGGCUACGCCGACGUCCCGAACCCCAUGUUCUACAUGCCCAACGCGAGGAUGCUCUUUGGCGACGCGCGGACAAGCUGCGAAGCCCUGAAGACGGCCGUGGAGGGCAAGGCCCAGCAGCAGCAGUAUGAAUGA